AUGUCUGAUCCAGAGACUAAAGCUUCUAUGAAGGAAGCAGCCAAAGAAAUUACCAAAAAAUACAGAAGCCUUAAGCGGAAUCCAGAUGACGUCAAUGCUUUUAGACUAACUUACAGGAGGCUUGCUUAUGGAGGUAUAUGAACAAUGACUUAUUUUUCAAUUCCUCUAUUUAUAAUGCUCAAUCAAACAGUCUUCAAGAAAUUCUGUGCCUUUCAUUCACGAAUGCUAAAUUUAAAAAUACGAAGCGCUGCUGGAUUGUUUGGUCUAGCUUUUUUGAUGUCCUCAAUCUAUACCACCUGUGGGCUGCCUUUUUACUAUAAAAUACUCAAGAAAAUCUUUGGGAUUAAUAGUCUUUCAGAUAUCAGGUCCGCUAUUUAUGAUUCUAUUGAAAAUAGAUAUAUGCUGAAUGAAGAUUCUGCGGAGUCAAAAACAAAUAAACAAUUACUUGAAGAAAUUGAUCAAAAAUUCACUGUUUUGAUUGAUGAGCUUGCUGGGGUUCCAAAGAAAAUGACUGAUCAAUAUAUGGAUGCAAGAAAACAAGUUCCAAGAAAUAAAAAAGAAUAA